AUGGACACAAUUCGUGGACGCCACGAUGAAAACCUUAAGAUUGUUAAGCGAGCCAUUGCUUACGCGUCCGGCGGCAAGACGGACCAAGUUGAACUGAGGGUCAACCAAACGGUUCCCUCGCUCCCCAGACCUAUGCUGCGGCCGGACUUGCAGGUCUACAACCACACCACACAUACGGUGUUGGUUGUAGACCUUGCAGUGGCAUUUGAUGAGCAGCCCAACGACGACCCGAGAACGUCUCCGCUGGUCCGGACAGCCAAGGCCAAGCGUGACAAGUACGACUGCGUCAAGCGACACCUCGAGCGUCAAGGAUGGACCGCUCAUCUAUCAGCGCUCGUUUACGGAUCGCUUGGUGCGGUCGCCGGUGGAAACCUUGCGGUUUACAUCGAACACCUGGGGCUGCUUAAGCGCGGUGCGAUGCGGCUGGACAAGAAGUUGUCUGCGGCUUGCAUACAGUCUAGCCUCCGCAUUUGGAACCUGCAUUGCAGUCAGCAUCGCGCACGGCAGCACCAGUUGCGGCAUGAUCAAGAUACAAGGGGCAGUCGGGUGACGGGGACGGGGGAUCCCGUCACGUCACGAUCACCGCUAGUCGGACUUCGGGCCCAUAGUAGCCGAAAGAGCCAUACCCAAGUAGGGAACCGCCCUCAAACCCCUCUGGUACGUUAUAGUCUAGCUCUGUGUGGUGCAACCUGUACCUAA